CUUUGUCUUGUUGCCCACCCUCAAGUCAGUGAUCCAAAGGUUUUUCUGCCCUUUAGAAACACCUUCCCGGGACCUCGCCGCCGUUAGUAGUGUGCUCAGCAAAACACUGCACCAACACGUCAGUUCUAGCUUCACAUUGAAUUUUGAAGCUUUUCGGGAAACCCCACAAGGAAGUCAAGAUGAAGGUCACAAGUGCUCUUCUUACGGCUCUGGCCGUUACCACGGUCAAUGCCUGCGGUGUGCCUCCCACCUCGCUCCCGCGCACUGCCGCCAGGACUAUCUUCAGGCGCGCAGAUGCCAAGAUGUACACUUUGGAGACGGCCCCCGGAGUGACGAUCGAGGUGACUGAGGAGGAGAAGCUGGCCAUGAUGGACAACCGUGUUCACUUCUUCGACAUCACCGAGUGGAAGGAGGCUCCCAACGCCAUGGCCGAGGACCUGCAGAAGCGCAUCGCGGCGGUCCCCUACCCCACGACUCUGACGCAAAAGUGCAACGCCACCAAGAUCAUCGGCAAGCUCGACAAGGAGAGGAUCCAGGCCACUGUCGAGCGCUAUUCUUCCUUCUUCAACCGCUACUACAUGUCGGACACUGGUCGCGAGUCUGUCGAGUGGCUCCACGACCAGAUCAAGGCCGUCCUGGACGCCGCCGACAUCCCAGGUGCUAACAUCCGUCUGGUUCGCCACAACGCCUGGGUGCAGCCGAGCAUUGUUGUCACUCUUCCCGGCCGCGAGGCCCGUACCGUUGUGGUCGGAGGCCACGCCGACUCGAUCGUGUCUGGUGACCGUAACGGCCGUCAACCAGGAGCCGAUGACGAUGCGUCUGCCUCGGCUACCAUCUUUGAGGCUAUGCGCGUGUUCCUCCUGGACCCGCGCGUCAAGGCUGGUCAGCUCCUCAAUACGAUGGAGUUCCACUGGUACGCAGCGGAGGAGGCUGGUUUGCUUGGCAGCCAAGACAUUUUCAACACGUACCGCCAGUUCAACCGCAACAUUGUUGCAAUGCUGCAGCAGGACAUGACUGGCUACAUUGGUCGCGACGGCCGUGAGCGCUUCGGGCUGAUCACGGACUUUACGGACCCUGAUCUGGUCAACUUUAUGAAGCUCAUUAUCGACGGCUACACCGAUAUCCCCUACGAGGAGUCACAAUGUGGCUACGCCUGUUCGGACCAUGGAUCGGCCACUCGCGCCGGAUACCCGGCGGCCUUUGUCUUUGAAACUCCUUUCGGUAACCACAACCCCUACAUCCACACCAUCAACGACACUGCCGACAAGCUCUCGUACGACCACAUGCUUCAGCAUGGCAAACUCAUCACGGGCUACCUCUCCGAGCUUGCUUGGUGGCCAUUCGUCUAGAUUUGCCACCAAGUUUGAGAAGUUAUGUGAUGAUGAGUAAUGUAAUGAUGACUGGGCUCUCUGCAUGGGUGAUGAAAUCCUAGAGGCGGCAUAUUGAUAGAGUAUCCUUGGUGGUUGGAAGAUGCGCCCCUAAAAUAAUUCAACGAUUAAUGGACCAGCUCUCGGUGCGGGUUCACGCCCGCUGGGUUAGCGAACAAGUUCAAAGCAAAUCCUAUUGACUAGAGGUAUACCAUAGAUAGCUUAACAAAGAAGCCACAUGAGACCCUAACCGGACUGGAUUACAGAAAACAAGGUCGAAACCUCGGAACGAUUUAAUCCUUGGCAACCUUGACCAGGAGCUUUCCAACCGUCUUUUGCCCAGUCAAAUCGUCCUGCGCCUUGGCCACCUCACUGAGGUCGUAGAUACCGCCAAUGUGCGUCUUGACAACACCCUUGGCCAAGAGGUCAAACAGCUCCUUGCAGCGAGUCUCCCACUCCUCCCUCGUGGCGACAAAGUUGAAGAGCGUAGGGCGCAUAAGCCUGACGUUCCUGGCGGUUAGCUUGAACAGGCUGAAGGGCUCGACGGCGCCCGAGGCGUUGCCAAAGGUGAUGAAGGACCCCUUCCUCCUCGUGGCGGCCAGGUCCUGCUCGAAGGUGGACUUGCCGACGCCGCUGAAGACGGCGUGGCAGCCCAGGUCUUUGGUGAUCUCGUUGACGGCCUUGAGGACGUCGUCGCGCGUGUAGACGACGACGUGGUCGCAGCCGUGCUCCCUGGCCAGCUUGGCCUUUUCGUCGGUCGACACGGUCCCGAUGACGGUGGCGCCCAGGUGCUUGCACAUCUGCACCACGAGGCCACCAGUGCCGCCGGCCGCGGCCUGCACCAGCACGACCUCGCCGGGCUUGACCUCGUGCGCGUCCCGAACCAGCGUCCAGGCCGUCAGGCCCUGCAGGAGGAAGGCGGCGCCGUCCUGGGUCGACACGCCUUCGGGGAGCUUGAAGCAGAGGUUUGGGUUCACGGCCGCGUACUCGGCCGCCGAGGGCGACUUCAUGAAGCAGACGCGGUCGCCGACCUUGAGGUCGUAGUCGGCGGGGACGUCGGCGCCGACCGACUCGAUUGUUCCCGCGCCCUCGGUGCCAGACACGUGCGGAGGUGGCGUCGCCAUCUGGUACAGCCCCGUCCUCAUGUACGUGUCGAUGAAGUUGAUGCCGUGCCACUCGACCUUGACGACGAUCUGGGAUGGGCUGGGUGUGGGCUUGGGGAUGUCGUCGCGCAGGGACAGGACGGACGAGUCGCCAGUCUUGUCGAAUGCUACGGCGCGCAUGGUGGCCAUGGUUCUGGUGUGUGGUUUUGGUGGUGUUGUUGGUGGUGAUUUUGUGGUGUGAGUUGUUGGUCUGUGACGACGAGGAGCAGGAGGGGUAGUGGUUUGGAUGGAUUUGUAGUGGAAAGCCUUCAAAGAAAGGUGAGUUGGUUUACAGCGUGUUUGGGCAGAGAUUAGACGAAAUGAGAAUGGGAUUGUUCUCGAAGCUGACAAAUUACAAAAUAUAGUCGCCAUGGAUCAAAUGGAAAAAAAAAAGAAAGGAAAAAACGAAGCUGUCGUCAACAUAGGC